GCUAAUGUGUGGUGGUAUACUGAGUGUACUCUCUAUGCUUAUUUGAAAUGGACUCAGUGUUAGUUAUUAACACAAACAAUUUUUUUAGGAAACCGUAAAUCAUACUUUCAUUGAAAAGGAUACAGACUAAUUGUUAAAAUUAAAACACAAUAUAUUUUCCUAAACAAAAUGUUUAUAUGCAUGGAACAGUCUCAAAGCCUGCUUCCCCACAUAAACAAUCCUAAAACAUGUCACAUUAAUCAUUCACACAAUCAAGAAUCACAGAAAAGUAAUCACAACAAAGUUGACAAUUCAAUCUACAGUACCUUUCCUAAAGAUUUUGUCGGCUUAAUGACUGCAUGGCUGUUUCGAUCUGGUGUUCUGUGUAAAAAUUUAAAAAGACAUUAACUAAGGGGGGGGGGCAUGUCCCCCUCCAGUGCACACUGUAUAUUUAAAAGAGGCCCUGCCCCUAUGCACCUGCAUAAAACCACCACUGGAAAUAUGAUUUGAUAUAUUAUACAUAGUACAUACCCUAUUACUGGUUUUCCCUUUAUAGGCACUAGGCUUCCACGUGUGCGAAAGCUUGUUCCCAAUAAAUUGUUUGCCGUUUUUCCUAUCAAGGGUCACCACACCAUGACCUGGAACCCUGAACAAACCAUAGUUGACCUCAGGGGAAUUUAAGAUUGCUUGGACAAGCAAAACAUUUUCCUGGGCCUGCUCCAUAUUCGUCCCAGCUGAUACACGGAGACCUCCAGCACCUUGCCACUAUUGAAUAAAAUGUAAAUUCAUUAAGUCCUGUAUACAUGUUUUUUUGUUUUUUGCUACCUGAGGGUCUGUUAGAAUCCAUGUUGGAGAGACAAUAUGGCGACUGAACGACACGCCGCUAAGCGCUCUGCGCAAAAUUUAAAUAAUUCUAAUAUCAGUACGCCCAAUAAAGCAGUUAAAACUAAAAUUCCGAAACCUAAGAAUGAGAAGAACAAUGUAGAAGCAUCAAAUAAUGAAAAAGAAGUAGAGUUAAAAGAUAUUUAUGAAAUGAUGCAGUCGAUGAUGACACGUUUAAACAAGCUAGAUUCUAUUGGAAGCAGGGUUAUGACUUUUGAGGAAGAAUUGCGAGAUAUGAGAGCUUCAAUUGAGUAUGCACACGACGACAUUAAAGAGUUAAAGGAUGAGAGUGAGGCAAGAAAGAAAAGUGCGAAUUUGGCAAUCUGUUCUAAACUUCCCCAAAAUCCAGGAAAUGGCAUUUCAGAGACUCUAAAUUAAAAAAUUUCCUCGGGCCUCGUUCCCAGCCCCUAAUCAAAAAGAGCUUCCUACGGCACUGCAUGCUACUCAGCUACUGUAAUAUGUCUGUGCGUAGAAUAUGCAUAUUUUUGUUUGUAAAUUGCAUAUUCGUUUCCCGAACAGCAAACACCUUCAUGAUUAAACUACAAGUAACACAUUAAAGUACAUUGUCACUUACAAGUAUAAAUGCAAAUGACAUCUAAAUCUAACAAGUGAACAGUUGUACUUUAUCUUCUCACUUCUGUAUUCUACUGUAGAUUAUUUGAUUUGCGCACGAAAUUUUUUUAAAUUUCCAUGCGAGGUCUUUACUUCAUAUUAUAAUAUAUGAUAUAAUAUAGAGAGAGAGAUAUUCAAUGCACAUUAUUUAUUACAGCUGACAAGAUUUAUUACAAUAAUGUAUCUUAUUAAAAAACUCAGUAUAUUCAACUUCUAUAGCAUGUCCAAAUUUAUAUGCUCACCUUAUUUAAUAUCAUAUAUACAAGCAUGCAUCACUAUUUACAUAACUAUUUAGUCAUCGUUAAUACGAUAAGGUAGAGGACAAAAGUAUGUCUUGUUAUCUAAGCAGAGAGAAAUACAUUUCCGUUCAAUCUGUGAUGGAUACAGUGCAAUAAUAUCAUUGGUUUCUUGAACUUCCACAAUAAACUUGUUUGAUACAUUAAAGUCUAUAUCCCUAAAUAACAAUCUCUGACUAGCUUGCAAAGGUUUUACAAUAACUACAGUAUAACGUGAGCACUGGCAGUAUUGAGAGACACUUAGGGAACAUUCACACAAUGGUUUGACACUCAAAAGACCUAGAAUUACUCCAUACUUAAACACUGGAUGAUUGAAAGAAAUACUGUGGUUUGAGUGGCGUUUGGAUCUGACAUAGCCUUCACUAGAAUAGAGCUGAUGAUUGUGCACAAACCUAUCAUAACACAAAGAAGGAUCGUUCUUCACCUCUACAUUCAGAAGAUUCUGCAAAGCAACUAUCCUGCGAGCAUCCAACUUAACCAUUUUUUCACAACCUAAAGGAGCUAAACCAUUACAGUCCCUCUUGUGCUUAUACCUGAUGUCAUCAUUCAACGUUACAAGAAGAUCCUUCACAGCAUCUGAGCAAUCGCCAUCCACACAAUUCCUAGACAUUGAUGCAACGUGGUAUUUGAGCAAAAAGGCAUGCGAUAUCUGCUGUGGAACACACUGUGUCCCAUGGAACAGAUUUAACAGCACAUGGUUAUGAGACUCAAAAGUGAAAGUAGACGUUGCCCACAAUGGACCACAGUCCUUAACACAGUGAGCCAGAUGGGUCAAACAGUGGACAUUAAAUUUACAUUUUGACAACCCAUAUAACUCCUCCAUCUUGAUGACAAACUUUGUCAGACACAACUCAGAAAUAGCAAUCGACUCAUCGGAAAUUGAAUCGCCCAAAAGUGUGUAAAUGCCAUACACAAAAAGAAAGAAGUGAUUCAAGUAAAGGGCAGGAAGGAUUCUGUCAACCCAUAAACCCACCAUUAGUUUUACAACUCCUUGGCACACAGAAUGCAUAUAGUCUGUUGUUGUACCUCUGACGGUGUCAAAAGUAGGCAAUAGGUCAGCUAAUGUCAUACCCUUUACUCCUUUAAUUGGGUCAUUAGGUGUAGCCUCUAGUGCAUAUGCUGCUUGCUUUUUCGCAGUUUGCAUAAUAACUGGUGUUCGAUGAGGGUAAUACCGCACAGGAGGACCACCGUUACUGGGCAGAGUUUCUCCUUCAAACUCACACCAGUCACAUCCAUACUGGCCAUUGAACUGCUUAACGUUACGUACAAGAGCUCUAGCAGGAGAAUCCGCAGAUAAUAGCAGAGAAAACACUUUCCUUGGUAGGAUCUCAUUACCAAAAGUGAAUCCAUGUAAUUCCAGCUUUCUACACUCUUCAACCAAAGGGCGCAAGAAGAUAUUCAUUAUAGGUUUCUGACCAAACCACAGACCAAGCAAUAAGAUAUUCUUGCUACGCAGAAAAGGAGGAAGUUCAUUUACAAAAGCCUGCAAAGGCCAGAUUGAAUAAUUUGAAGACUUGAAGACUGGAAUACCAUCGGUGUUCCAUGUCAAUGACAAGUCAUUUGGACCAAGUCCAUGCUUAAUGAUAAGUUCUUUGUAUAGUGCUGAAGUUGUUAUAUCAGUUACAGUAUUUGCUUUAAGGGACAACUCUAAGUUUCUAUUGGUUAAAUGAGGUAAUAUCUUACUGUCUGAUAACAAAGUUUCAAUUUGUUGCUGAAUUGGUAUAUAGAUAAAGUAAUUCCCAUUCUUUAUACUUUCAUCUUUGUUAAAUGGACUGUCACAUGAACUGCAGUAUGUACUGUUGGUAUCCUUGCCCAAGUACGACAAACAUGUGGAGCAGUAAAAGUGGUUCUAAAAUUCAAAGAAAAAAUUAGUUUAAAAACAAUAAUUAGUACCAAUAAAUAACACACCUAAACAGGCCCAUCCACAAAUGGAAUUGCAACCAACCAUACCUCUGACUGUUGGAGUUUAACCACUUUGUAGAACUUGUGCUUUGUGGCUGGAAUAGCAUCAGGGGAAAAUGUAUUAAGCAGCAAAAGAAGAUCUCUAAGAGCCACAUCUGUUAGUUUAUGCCUCAGCACAAAACUAAGGAUUAAUAGUAGACUUUCAGUUUUGGUAACAUUUGCACCUGGGUAUAAUGACUCUUUUUCAUCCAGAGGGUUCUAAAAUGUAAAAUGUAAAAAAGUUUAAACUUAAUUAGGAAUAGGACUUUUGCAACAGGUUUAUAAUCAUUCUUAGAACCAAUAGUUGUGUUAAAAUAACCUCACAAAUAAUAUGAGCAUGUAGCGGAACUGAUAUUUUAAGCUCAGUUAUAAAUGCUUGGUUAAUAGACCUUUCUCCUUAUAACCAAAAUUUUGAUCUAGGCAAGUCUAGACAAAUAUUUCAUCACAGCUUGAAAGAGCAUCACAAAAUUGGUAAUAUUCCAAAGUUUCGUUGCGAAAUGUUGUAAAAUGAGGAAAAUAGAGCCUUGCAAAGUUUGCAAUUUUCAGUCAUUUUGCAUUACAAACGGGAAAUUGCAGCCCCAACACCCGAAUCGGAUGUCAAUUUACCGUUUGCAAUACAGAAUGACUGAAAAAUGCUCCUGCAAUUACUUACAUUGUUAUUAUAUGGAUCAUUCAAUUAUAAGUCAGUAAAAUGCUCACAAUCAUAUAUUAAUCACUUUUUUAUAAGUCAGUAAAAUGCUCACAAUCAUAUAUUAAUCACUUUUUUUCUCAGGUAGCUGAUAUUUAAGCUGAUCUGCAUCCAACACAAGCCCUAAACCUCAAACACCAAUGUUUGUUGUGCAUACCACUUAGGACAAUGCAGGCCCAGCCUUACUGUUAAAUAAAGAGUAGGGCGCAAUGCAACUCAAUGAGUUAAUGAGCUGAGUCACAUGAAUAUCGUAAUGAAGAAUCUUGUAACACUGACGAAAUAAAAUCACUGCUCACAUUUAUGAAUAAGUAUUGUAAAUAAUGUGCCUGUAAAUAGUCAACUUUCUCAUUAGACAUUAAUAUGUUACUAUUUUAAUACUCUAUAUCUCUUAAGACUUUUGUAAAUAGCUCUAUCACUUUCCUGUACAUGUAAAAAUCUUAUUCAAUUUGUUUGGCACACGCCUCUCGUGGAAAUCAGCUUUGGUUGAUGGGGUCAGGGUGUAUAAAUAAAAGUUCUACCUACACACUUAGGAUAAAUAUUAAUGCCCAGCAUAAAACACGUAAAAGAGCCAUAACAAAAAUAUAAUUUAAAAUAUUUAUUUGAAAGCUAACGUUUCGUCUUUAACUUAAGACAUCUUCAGAGCAAUGACAUACAAAGCGGAAAUACAGAAUUAAUGAGAUCACUCGAGAUCAAUCCCACAAACUCAGACCUCUACUACCAUCUGAAAAUAACUGUUCAUACCAACUGAGACGUAAAAGGCAACUUAACGUUCCAAGGGCCAAAACUGAUCGGUUUAUGAAUUCUUUUAUUGUUAGUAAUUGUAAAUAUUGUUAAUCAUUAGGUUUCUUAAAUUUUUAUAAUUGUAAAGUUUUAACACAAUUCAGCCAUUAUCAGCUGUAAAGUCUUUUAAAACUGAAUAAAUCAUCUAUCUAUCUAUCUAUCUAAAUUACAACUAUUUACAAGAUAUUAUAUUACAAAAGUAGAAAGAGGAAUGGAUCAGAGUAGAAGUAGAGGGACCGAGCUGCCCUGUAAGUUGAGAGAGGGUUUGAGUUUGUUAAUGAGAAGACUUUCUCGAAUGAGGAGUUUGUCUGGAGAAGAGCAACAAGAAAUAAUCUUAAAAUCAUUAAGAGAGGCGGAGUGACCAGUGCUAUCAAGAUGGGAAAGGAUACUAGACAUGGUCGGAUUGUUUACUGCCUGUUAGAGGAGAAACACCCAAAUGUUCAGAAACUCGUGUGUGCAAGUGACGGACCGUUUGGCCCAAAUACGUUGCAGAACAGCAACGACACGUGAAGGAAUACACAACACAAGAUCUUAAAGCGUUAGGAAUACACAACACAAGACCUUAGAAACGAUGCUAACAUUGUGAUUGUCAAACCAGAUAAGGGAAAUGGGGUAGUUAUUCUUGACAAGGACGACUACAACAAGAAAAUGGAAGCCAUACUGGAAGAUGAAACCAAAUUUCAACGCCUAGACGAAGACCCGGUAAAACUGACGUUACAACGCGAAAAUAAAGUCAAGAGGUUCCUGUCGACGUUAAAGAAAUCAGGAUCAAUCACGCAAGCAACCUACGAAAAACUAUAGGAAUUUUAUACGGACUACCUAAAAUCCACAAGAACAAUAUCCCACUUAGACCUAUUCUUUCUUGUAUAAACCAUUAUUCCUAUAAAAUCGCUAAAUUUUUUAUUCCUCUCCUCAAUCCCAUUUCGUCAGGUGCUUAUAUGGUUAAGGAUUCUUUCUCUUUUGUCCAGGAAUUACUCAGCCUCAAUCUCGAUUCCAACAACGUUGUUAUGGCAAGCUUUGAUGUGAUUUCCUUAUUUACCAACAUUCCUCUAGAUGAAACCAUUGACAUAAUUUCAAACCGCUUAUUCUCUAAUGCUGUUCGCUUUCAUGGUUUGACUCAAUUGGAAUUUAAGAAACUUCUUGGUCUUGCUGUGAAAAACUGCUCCUUUUUGUUUAAUGGGGUUCUGUUUCAACAGAUUGACGGCAUUGCUAUGGGGUCACCCUUAGGUCCGUUAUUCGCCAAUAUAUUCCUGUCUUUUCAUGAGUCUAACUGGUUAAAUAACUGUCCUGUCAACUUUAAGCCAUUAUUGUACCGCCGCUAUGUUGAUGACUGUUUCUUGAUUUCCCAGUCUGCUGAUCAUAUACCUCAAUUUCUCUCUUGUUUAAAUUGCCAGCAUCCUAAUAUUAAAUUCACUAGUGAAGUUGAAUCUAGUUCCACACUUCCCUUUCUUGAUAUCAGCAUUUCUCGGAAGAAUGGUGUUUUCGAAACUUCUGUCUAUCGAAAGCCCACCUUCACAGGUCUGUUUACCAACUUCCGUAGCUUUAUUCCUUUUCAAUAUAAACGUAGCUUAGUUUCUUCUCUUAUUCACUGUUUCUUUAGCCUUUGCUCCAAUUAUAAGAACUUUCAUGCUCAGUUAGAACUAUACCGCCAGAUUCUUAAUAAGAAUUGUUAUCCAACUCGUCUUUUUGAUCGCUGCGUACGAACAUUUUUAGAAAAUGUGUCUCAACCCAAACCAGCUGUUCAUUCUGCUCCUAAGAAAGUUCUAUAUUUCUCUCUUCCAUAUACUGGCGCUCACUCUCUUCAAAUUCGCACACAAAUCUCCCGUCUUUGUUCCUCGGCCUUUCCCCAUCUUAAUAUUAGAUUCGUUUUUCGUCCAACUUUAUGUUUGUCUCAACUCUUCACCUUUAAGGACAAAAUUCCUAACGCUUUAAGAUCUUGUGUUGUGUAUUCCUUCACGUGUCGUUGCUGUUCCGCAACGUAUUUGGGCCAAACAGUCCUUCACUUGCACACACGAGUUUCUGAACAUUUGGGUGUUUCUCCUCUAACAGGCAGUAAAAGCAGCAAUCCGACCAUGUCUAGUAUCCUUUCCCAUCUUGAUAGCACUGGUCACUCCACCUCUCUUAAUGAUUUUAAGAUUAUUUCUUGUUGCUCUUCUCCAGACGAACUCCUCAUUCGAGAAAGUCUUCUCAUUAACAAACUCAAACCCUCUCUCAACUUACAGGGCAGCUCGGUCCCUCUACUUCUACUCUGAUCCAUUCCUCUUUCUACUUUUGUAAUAUAAUAUCUUGUAAAUAGUUGUAAUUUAUUCAUAAUUCUGUGUUUUCCGCUUUGUAUGUCAUUGCUCUGAAGAUGUCUUAAGUUAAAGACGAAACGUUAGCUUUCAAAUAAAUAUUUUAAAUUAUAUUUUUGUUAUGGCUCUUUUACGUGUUUUAUGCUGGGCAUUAAUAUUUAUCCUAAGAUUACGAUUUCCGCCUGGUUCAUCUAUCGCAAGUACCUAGACACUGUUCAGAAUAAAGAAUAUUUCUGCUUACAAAUGCAUACCGAAAACCUCAGAAUAUACGGACUUAUGUUUAGUCUUAAGCAUCUGUAUAUGUAGCAAAUCUAUAAACUCUUGAGUGGAAGAAGCCUAAACAGUUCUGUCUAAACAUAACACCUAUUUAUUGAACUACACAUUUAGUUCAUAAAAUUUAAGGUUAAUUACUUAGAAGAUGAAUGAAACAAAGUUUUAUGGACAUGUUUUUUUUAAUGUUUAGGUUAGGUCUGUGAUGGAAGUGAUAAUGAAUAUGAAGAUGAUGUAAGUGCUCUAUCAAAACUAAGAUGGAAAAAUUGAUGUCAUGUGUGUAAUUGUUCAUAAUGUUUACUAAAUGUUUUUAUACUUCAUUUAAUAAAGAUAUUAUCGUGCAGCUCUGAUGAGGAAAAUAUUAAAACCUUGAAGCAGGAAAACCAAGACCUUCAGAGGAAACUUGAUGUCAAAGAGAAAUAAAACAUUUACAUGGUGUUAUAAGGAACCUCAAAGGUAUUUACACAUGCAAGAAUCUCACAGCUUGUAGCAACACUAUAUCAACAGGCCAUCAACAAGUUGUGUUCGCACUGCUUGCCCCAAGUUGUCAAGAAGUAUGGAACAAGCUAUCAACAAUUUGUAACAUUUGUAACCUCAUUGAUAUUAUCAGACUUGUUGCAGGGUUGUUCCAACAAAUCUGAUACAGUCAUGAUAUAACAAUAUUGUUACAACAUUGUGUCAUCAACCUUGAAACCAGGCAUGGAUUUUCUGCGGGGGGGGGGCACCGACCCCCCCCCCCCAGAAAUGAUUUGCACCCCCAGAGGCAUUUGGUACUGCCCCCAAAAGUUUUUGCACCCCCGCAAAUUAUAUAUAUUUUGAUAGUUUCAUAUUUGAUUAAUUCUUACUACUAAAUUUGUAAAAUUACCAAUAUUAUGGUCUCAGAUCUUGUCAUGCAGGCCUAGGAAACAAAUUUUGUUAAUUAAAACUUUUUCCUUGACCUUUCCGGGCGUUGCCACCACCCCCGGCCAAAGCAAGCAGCAACACCCCCCAGAUAUUAUCCACCCCCUGAACAAAAAUAUGAAAAUUCGUCUCUGCUUGUAACAUUCUUGAUAUGUCAAGACUUGCUAAAACAACCUUGCAACAAGUGUUUUACUCUGUCUAAUCUCAGCAAUUUUACUUGUCAAGCUGGGAAGGGUCUUCAACUAAUAAGUUGAACUAAAUGGAGGUACUUCAUCUGGGAGUUAGCCAGACUGUGGAUGUUUAGUGGUGCAUUCCUAUUCAAGAUCAUAUAUAUCAAAGAAAGUGUCAUUUAUUUAGUCUUGCCUUUGUUGAGAUACAGUGUACAAUACAUACAUAUAAUAAUUUCUUUCAGCAAUGCCGUGUUUAACAAGCAUUGUGCAGGAGCUACAGAAGCAAGUGGAGCUUCUACAAAAGUCUUCGGUACCAGUAGAACUUCUACAAAAGUCUUCGGUAAUGCUAGAACCCCAUACACCACCAUGGCCAGCUUCUAGCUCAUCUUCACAGAGAUCAUCAUCAGAUACUGAUGCCGAGUUAGAAAUGGUGAGUAUUUUUUUGUAAAAAAGAUUGGUGCAUGACAGAUUAUUUUGGAAUUUAAGGACCGGUCAUUAUUUAUGGAAGGGGGGGGGAGGGGAAUUUUUUCUUUCCUAAAUUUUUAAAAUUGAAAGCCCCCCCCUAAAAGAACAGAAAUUUAACAGUAACCCCCCCUGCAUAUUAGAAUAUUUUUCUUUGACCCCCCCCAAUUUUCAUUUUUACUCGUCAAAUGAAGAUUCCCAGGAGAUUCAUCACAUAUAAAUAAUCAAGGAAUAA